GCCACUUCCCUUACAUUUCAGUUUAUGGCAGUUUGACAAAAUCUAAAACAAUUUUCCUCGAUCGUCGAGAAUUGAAAUCACCGCAUAGAAAACAAGGAAAACGUUAUGCUAGACUAGCACUUAUUGCUCAAUUUUAACAAUUUUCGUGGAUGUCGUACUAAGAAUGUGAUUGUGUUGAAUUGCGUGUAAUGUUAACAGAAAAAUCGAUUUUUUCCGAUGAUGUGUUAUUAUUGAGAAUAUUUCAAAAUGAAUCCUGUCGUCGUUUCUGCAUCUUUGAUAUUGUAUCUGAUUGCGAUAUGCCAAGGUUCCGGAACAGAUAUAGCCUUAGAUGCAAAGGCAACUCUCCUUCAUCGUAUAGAUAGUUUGAACUUAUUAAUUUACACUUGUCUCCUAACGUUAACUGUUUUGACUAUAUGGGUAUUCAAACAUCGUCGUGUAAGCUGGCUGCACGAAACUGGCCUGGCUGUAAUAUAUGGUCUAAUAGUAGGAGCAAUCAUUAGAUAUGCGGGCAGUACAAAUCAAGUUACCUAUAUUGAUGCCCAUCCAGAUGCAGAUACAAAGUACAACCUGUCUGUUCCACCAGACAUUGUUCGGUUUCAUUUCCCUGACAAGAUACAGAUAUCAUCUGGUGAAGCACCUGUACCAAACAAGACCUACGCAUACAGCUUCAGGGGUGAGAUAGUCAAUGUAGAGCAAAAUGAGAUUGACCUGAAAGCAACAUUUGACCCGGAAAUAUUUUUCAAUAUAAUCCUACCUCCUAUCAUAUUCCAUGCUGGAUAUUGUUUGAAAAGAAAAUAUUUCUUUCGUAAUCUUGGUGCAAUAUUGACCUUUGCAAUGGUGGGCACAGCCCUCUCUGCCCUCGUCAUUGGUUCUCUGAUGUAUGGCUGUGUUCAACUGAUGCCUGCAUCGCUAGCUGCGAGUUUCACAUUUCUGGACACACUGUAUUUUGGCGCUUUGAUUUCACCCACUGAUCCAUUGACUGUUCUUGCUAUUUUCUCACAAUUAAAGGUAGACGUCAAUCUAUACGCCAUGAUAUUCGGCGAGAGUGUUCUCAACGAUGCAGUGGCUUUAGUCCUUAGCGGAGCCAUACAAAACUACGAGAAGAGGUACUCCGUCGAUGGUGGAUUCGAAAUAACCGCAUUCCUCGCGGCGAUCGGCGAUUUUAUUGGAAUUUUCAGUCUUUCGCUCUUAGUGGGCGCUCUAAUUGGAUGUUUGACUGCAUUGAUGACUAAAUUCACUCAUGUACGAGAUUGGCCGCUGCUUGAAUCUGCGUUGUUUGUGCUAACGUCUUAUGGUGCCUUCCUUAUCGCUGAAGUCUUCGAAUUAACAGGAGUGGUUGCCGUACUAUUCUGCGGUAUAUGUCAAGCUCACUACACCUACAACAACCUGUCAGCUGACUCCAGGAACAGGACAAAGCAGCUGUUCGAGCUGCUCAAUUUCCUCGCAGAGAAUUUCAUCUUCACAUACAUUGGAGUGUCAAUGUUCACAUUCCCGAAACAUCACUUCGAUCCGUGGUUCAUCAUUGCUGGAUUUCUGACUUCAAUGCUUGGCCGCGCAGUGAACAUCUACCCGCUAUCGUUUUUAUUAAACUUAGGGAGAAAACCACCGAUACCAAUGAACUUCCAACACAUGCUAUUCUUUUCUGGUCUCCGGGGAGCUAUGUCUUUUGCCCUGGCGAUCCGCAACACGGUAUCCGAGGCGCGGCAAGCGAUGUUGACGACCACUUCGCUCAUUGUCAUCGCUACCGUCGUGCUACAGGGCGGGGCCGCCACCCACGCGCUGGCAUACUUACGAAUACCCACCGGUCAAGGACAGAAUGAUGAAAACGAAGCGCUACCUUACCGUGACGUAAGAAGUCUGUACCAGUCCACGGAAACAAGCAGACCGAACGGCCGCAUGGUAGUAAAAUGGGGCAAAGGCGAAAAUGAAGUGGUUAUGCCUUGGCAACUUAACUCUUUCGAAGACACACCGCAUGGCAACGGUGACGGUGGCGGUGAAAAGGCCCGCCUAGCUCGACUGUGGGGUGCCGUAGACUCCAAGCUACUUAAACCACUGCUUACCCACGCUCGGCCACCCCUGACUGAAACACUUCCCGCCUUUCUGAGACCUCUGGGCAGAAUAUUAACCACAACAAGGCAGUAUACACAAUCUGAAAACAGCCUUAGAAGAACUGACUCAGAUUCUGACUUGUGUAUUGACGAACCACAACCAGUACCAACUACUAUCGACCCACAGCUACCAUAUAAUAUACGGAAUGGAUACGGAAAUGUCUAAGCUUUGUAGCAUUAGUGAUCCUCGGCUGUGAUAACAGGUCUAGAAAUCUAGAUGUACAUAGAAUAUUGUUUUCUUUAAUAGGCAAAUUGUUUCUUAAUCAUUGCACGCAGCAACUUUGGCCCGGACUCGUGGACACGAGAAUCUCAGUAGAAGGUAUCACCGGGAGUAAUAUAUAGUUUUUAAGUAGAAAAAAAUAUAUAUACCUACCUACUACUCUCUUUGUGCCACGAUAGGAUGUGAUGCCACUACGGAUCUAAAUGUAUUUUGCUAUUAUCUAAUGUAGCUAGUUGUAGCUACGACUGUUUAGAGUGGUUUUAAGAGUAGUGUAUCGAAAUAGUACCACGCGAAUUCCUUUAGUAUUUAUUGCUUCGGUAUACUUUUGUUUUGAUUGUUUGUAUCCUAAAACGCUUUCGUAGCUGUUAAUAAACUGUUGUUAAAGCACGUUUAAAAGUUCGCGAAAGUACGAGUAUUUAGUUUUAGUAUUUCCAUUUUAUGGGUAAAUGGUACAAAACGUAAUAGAAUUGUUAAAGAUAAGUUUUUAGGGCACAUUAAUCACUCGGUAGUAUUAUGUUAACUAUAAAAUAUUAUUUAUAUGUUUAUAAAUGUAGUUGCAGAACAAAAUAUGAUUUUAAUUACCCACUAUUGUUUUGCUAUUUACUACUACUAUAUGUUUAAAAUAUUAAAACGUAUUUAUUAGGUAUUAAAUAUUCAUUAUUAGUCUAGUCGACAAGUUGAAAAUGGUCCAAAAUAGAGAUACUGCUCUUAAAAUUAUGUGCGAUAGCUCAUUGAAUCCGGAAUGACGCCCAGAAAAAUGAGCCAAAAGCGUGUAUUAGCACAUAAAAAAUUGCAAAAGUUAUAAACAACUGAAGACGAAAAAAUGGCAUUUCGUUUUUUGCCAAUAUUUCAUAAUUAUUAUAUUUAAGAAAUUUUUAAAAAGAUUCUGAAAGAGGA